AUGUCCUCCUGUGGAGAUAUUCAAGAACUUGGCUUUCCAGUAUGCUCUUCUUGGGUGUCUAAAGGGUUUUUCUUUGAUACACAUUCAUGCAUGCUAGUGUUUCUAAAACAAGCUUCUGCCUUGUAUGUACCCAAUUCAGAUGACAGAGAGAAGCUUGAUGGGUUUAGGCUGUUCAACUCUGGGAGCCCACAGGACGCCAAGAAUGCAGCAAAUUAUACCAAUUUUAAUGUCCGCAACAGUUUGGCUUGGGACAGUGCCUUCUUCACAAGUCCAGGAGUUUUGGACCCUGAGGAGCUGCUUCAGACUAUGAAUUCUCGAAAUACCGGCAAUGCAUUUAACUUUCUUGGACAAGAGGAAGAGAUACUAUUGCCUUCUGAGUCUCUGGAACCUGAAAGAACAAGAAAACCCGACAACUACAAUUUUCGCAAAAGUUUGGCUUGGGAUAAUGCCUUUUUCACCAGUGCAGGGGUUUUGGAUUCUAAGGAAUUGUCUAUAGUGAACAGAGGGUUCAGGAAAUGUAAAGCAAAUCAACUUCCUGGGAUUGAAGAAGUUUGGAGGUCUACCGAGUCAAUCUCUACAAUAAAUAGUGGCUGUUCCUCUUUGGCAAGCCUUGAGUUUGAACUUUUUGAAGAUAACAGAUCAUCUGUGCAAAAACCAACAUCAAGUCUCAAAUUGAAAAGAGGAGGAGGUAUGCAAAAUAUGUACGCUUCAAAGAAACCUGAUGCUUCCUCUCGGAUGAGGUUGAAAUCCAUGCCGGCAUCCCAAAGGCAAAGUCUCAAUGUGCAUAGACCGCAGAGGAUCUUAAAGGAGGCUUCUGUUUCUUCACAAAAACAGGUUGCUGCUGGAUGUGAGAAAUUGAAUUCAUCUGCAUCUCGUAAACCACCGAAGAUAUCAAGUCGGGUUAACGAAUCUUCAACAGCUGCAGCCAAAAGGGCUUGUUUGGGUGGAAAUUAUGCCAAAAUGGGAACUGCAAAAGCUGCACCUGGUAAGACGGAAGAUGACCAAGAAUGGCAAUCUAUGACUUUGUCAAAGAAGCCUUGCAUGGGGGUAUCCUGCAGUGUCACUGAUAGUUUUACACCAUCCCCUGAAUCUCUUUCAUCACAUUCUCCCACUAUCACACAUGAGUCUGGGGUUUAUUGUUCCCCCUAUAAAGGCUUCUGGAAUGCUUCAGUAGACACUACUGGUAAAUCUCCCUUCAAUUCAAGAAGACAAGUUGAUCCGUCACUUGUCAAUUCGGCUUCCAAAGGUUUUACCAUGGGAACUCCUCUGCGAUCCACAAAGACAAACAAGGAUGAACUGGAAAAUUCUUCUCACCCUUCCAGUUUAUUUUUCACUCCGAAGUCUUCCUCUCACGCAUCACCUGCUAGUUCCCUUGAUGGAUGUUCUUCAGUAUCAUCAUCAACUUCUGUGAAUCAAAGAUCUAAGAACUCUGAGGUCAGUCUAGAAACACUCUGCAGGCAGGUUUCUUUUGAGAGUGAUGUCUCUCAGGCAUCAGAUGUGGAGAGCCAUUCGCAUGAAAAACCCUGCACUGGACAUGGAAAUCAGAAAACAAGGCUCCUAAAUCAACGUGAAGCAAAGAUGUCAGUGGGAAGUGGCUCUGUUUCUAGCAGUGUUUGUAAACAUAUCAAGCCCUCGUGUCUCCGAGUGCCAUCACCGAAGAUUGGUUUUUUCGAUGAGGAGACUUCCUUCGUGCGAUCAAGUGGCAGCAUGCUGUGCCAUUCUGGUGUACAAAGUGCAACUGGCAAAAGUAACAACAAUGGAGCUACAAGUCAAUAUGGCAAGCUUCAAACUCCUAGAACUUUAGAUGGGAGCCAUGGGACAAGGAAUACAAAGCUUGCAUCGCGUAAAACUGGAUCUCCAUGCCCUGCUUUCGGCAUCAGUCCUCGGCGUCCAGCACACAUUGGAGUUCAAAAUGCUUCCCUUAAUGAGCUUGACAUGAAGGGGGCCAUUAAGACUCAUGCUGCCAUGACUUCAGAAGUUGAGAAAGACUUGCCUCACAAAGUGAACACUAAAAAAUGCUUGAGAACUGAAGAUCAUAUUGGGAUGGUGGUCCUCAAGAAGGUGAACAGCCAAGAUACCAAAGAGAAUGAAGAUCCCAACAUGCCCUGUCCUGGAAAUAACCUUUGCACCCUUCAAAAUGAUUACUUCAAAGACCAAAUUGAUGCUUUAACUAAACAUGUUGGUGCCAUUGAUCUUGGCUUGUAA